AUGGAUGUGUUUCACGCCUACACGUACUCGACGGCUGCAUGGCUGUCGCUUCAAAGCCUACCCUUGAUUGCUGGACCAAGCAUGAUAGUAUCCAUGCUACUGGAUGAGACUCGACCCGCAUCCUCUAUGGAGAUCUACUUCGCCCGAUGCCUCGGCCUCAGUCUUUUCACGAUCACCGUCCUGACUGUGAUGUUGACCGGUUCAAUCCCUUUAACCUCUGAUAUCAAGGACUCUGUUGCGGCAGACGAGGAUGACCCCAAGGCUCCAUACGCCGUGCCAACUCUCAUGGUGACGUCUGUUUACCACGCCGUGUGUGCAUUCUAUGCCUAUACUUGGUAUGUCGGCGGUGGACAGGGCGUUUUUGCCAUUGCUGUGGCUGGGUCUUCGGGCCUUGCGGCUGUUGGGCUAUGGUGUAUGCUCUUUGCCAGCAGCAAUGGCAAGAUUAGUCGUCGCACAGGCGCAGACAAGAGAACGACAGGAUUCCCUUUCAAGAACUCAGAGGCGGCGAAGAAACAUGCAGGCAAGAAGGGCCUGUAG